AUGUUAUUGACUUUCAGUCUUUCAUCAGCUUCAUCGUUGCCGACCUGUUUUCUUUCGACACCGUUUGUCGGCGUAUGGAUACAGCCGGGUCUUGUCGAUUUGAUAACAAUCAAUAAUACAUGGUGUUCAUUAAAAGGAACAUGUUUUGCUACUGUAGGACACCAAGAUGUCAAAAAUAAAUUUAUCUUUUAUAAUGAACAGACAAGAUGUAAACGAUGUAUUCUAUUUAUUCCAAGACAUUCAAAUGCAAUACAAUAUCGAGAAAGCGAAUGCUUCGAUGCAGACGAUGACAAUACACGUAUUUGUGGAUCAAUCACGCCUGAUACAGUUUUAUAUACACUCUUCCGGGAUAAUGCAGAUUCAAUCCCAUGUCCAUUAGAACAAUCAUGGUAUUUUGAAAAAAAUUAUCACAUAUCAAAAAUUUGUCAACCAAAAGCUUUUCAUCAUUGUUUUUCAUCAAAUACAUUCGAAUUAUCAUAUAAUAAUCGAUGUCAAACUAAUCAAAAUGUAAGAGCAACAUGUUUUGCUCGUUUUACUGAUGGAAAUAUAAAUUAUAUUGUUGCACGAAGUGUUGAUCGACAACGAUUUAUUUGUUUUUCUUAUACAAAAACAAAACGUGAUGAACAACAUAGUUUACCCAAUGAAGUUUAUUUAUCUAUGGAUGAUACAUGUAGAGAUUUACUUACAAGAGAAUCGGCUAUUGCUUUAAAUGUAUUUCCGGGUAUACAUCAUGGCCACCAUGAAUCAAAGAUUCAAUUACCAGAAUGGACUCAAGGUAAAUGGUCAACUAUGGGAACAAGCAAUAUGAAUAUGAAUACGGUUUAUAUUAAUAAUACUCAAUUGAUUAUGAAAAUUAAUGAUGAUCAAACAAUUAUACAUGAUUUGAAAUUAACUCGAGUUAUUUCUAAUAGUCGACAACAUGAAAAGACUAUUCGUAUUAAAGCAAAAUCUUUUGAACAAUGUUCGUCUAUUUUUUAUUGCAUUCAAUUGAUCCUUCGAUCUCCAUUAGUUAUUGAUCUUUCUAUCAGUUUUGAUGAACACAAAUGUAAAGAUAGUCAUUUACAUUAUACUCUUUUUAAACCUUCAACGUCUUCGAAUAUCUCCUGUCCACAAAUGGGUAUUUAUAAAUCAUCACUUACCUAUCGUCCCUCAAUACCUGUUUCAACAUGUUCAACCGGUCUUUGGACAUUAUCAAUUGGAUGUGAAAAAUCAAACAAAAGUGACUUAACAUUUUCUUCAACAUGUCGUCAUGAAACUGUACCUGAUGUACAAGUAAUAACAUCAAUUAAAGGUAUUUGUCUAGCAUCAUGGCGUUCAGAUCAUCGAUUUCAACGUACUAUUUUUCUUUAUGAACAAACAAGAGCUUUUUGUUUGAUUCAACCAUUAAAAUCAAUGACAGCAAGUUGGAUACUAUCUGAAUCAAGUUGUACUAAUAUUGGUCUACCAUCAAUAAAUCUUGAAAAUAGUUUAAGAUAUUCAGAUACUUGUGAACAAUACAAAAAACCGUAUAGAUAUUUAACAACUAAUAAGAGUUCAACUAAAAGAAUAUCAUAUUUAUUGUUUUGUUUUUUACUUGUUCUUUUUCUAUGCAAGUAUUAA